ACCUCAUCCACUUUGGCCUAUCCGCCUCCCCUAAAGACCCAAAAAGCACGUCCCCCCCAGUGAGACCCGAAGGAGGAGCUUCUUCUCAUCUUAACUUAACUAGAGAAUUUCUAUAUUUCUCUCCAGCUUCAUUCAACCUUCAACCCCCUUUUUAUUUUAUUUAUCUAAUUGUGAGAGGUUGUUGUUGUUGUUUGUAUUACUUUUCUAAUCUACCCUCAAGCUUCCUUCAUUUAAUACCUACCAACCAACCCGCAACCAUGCGAUUCUCCGCCGUCACCCUCCUCGCCCUCCCCCUCCUCGCCGUGGCCGAGACCCAAGACCCCCUCCAACAACUCCAGGACACCGCCCUCCACUACUUCAACAAAGCCUACUCCUUUAUUCCGCACACCAACACCUUCUCCGCCGCCGAAGCCGCCCUCGCAAAGGCAGGCGGAUCAAACAUCGACAUCCUCUCCCUCGACAACUGGCGCUCCACCCUCCUCAACAGCGUGACGCCCUCCUCCACCGGGCCAGAGGAAUGGUGGGUCCUCCUCACGGCAGGCAACAAGACGUGCUGGGGCAACUGCGAGAGACUGACUCGGGCGUUCAAUGAGAGCGCGUUGUUGUUCAAGGCGGAUCCUACGGCGCCGCAUCUUGGGUUGAUUAACUGUGAUCACCAGCCUGUUUUGUGUCAUUCGUGGACGGCUGGGGCGCCGCUGAUGUAUAUCUUUGAGGUUAAUAAGCCGCCGGCGAGGACGGAGGUGCAUAUUCAUGGCUUCAAUACUACGACUGUUACGGCGGCGGAUAUGGUGAAGCUUCAUGCUACUAAGAGCUGGAAGGAGAGGCCGGCGUAUGAGGGACACUUUCACCCAUUCCACGGCACUGCCCAGCAGUACGGUCUGGAUCUCGCCACCGGAUGGGUUAUUUGGGCUUUCAACAUUCUGCCAAACUGGGCUUUCAUGAUCUUGAUCUCUUUCGCUUCGCGCACUAUGAUGAGCCGCCGCGAACAAGCCCGCGCAGGACCAGCACCAGCCAGAUAAAUGCUCUCUAUCCAGAGACGAACGACUCGACAGAUCCUUCCUUCUUCGCUCUUUUCGAUUUUUUUAAAAACUCUUUUAUACAGACGCGGUAUUAGGGUCAGGGACGCGACUUCACGGGCACAGGUAGCCACUGUAUUAGGGU